AUGAUGGCUCCUACAAAUUCAAUCGAUUUGACGAAACAAAAAUUUGGUCGUAACGAGAUGAUGUUCAAAUGGUUCAGACAGAUGAAUCCAAAGCCGGGCUUCCUACGGCGACAGUGGCGAAAAGUCAAAGGAGAGUUGACGACCUCCCUGAUAUCCCAAUAUCGUCGAUGCGUGAUCCGGAUGAAGCGGUGUCUACACGAGAACAACGAUGUGGAGCAACAGAGGAGAAAGAGUCAGGCGAAACUUCAUCCAUUGCCAGACCGUCCACUCCGUCGAGCCGCCUCAAAACUCAGCCGAAAACCGACGAAUGAGAUCGAGAGGUUGCGGAAGAAAGGGGAUGAUUGGAAUGCGAAUGAUCUGUUCAAAUUCCAAUAUUCGGAUCCAGAAGAGGGAACGCCAGAGGAGAGGAAACAGUUGUGUUACGAUUGGUUGGAUCGGUUACACGAUAUUUCGAAAAAAUAUUGCUAUUUGGCGUGGUACGAAUCAGCCAUCUACGCAUGCUACUACCGUCUCGCUCCAAUCCUUGUGGAUCCCGUCGAAAAGCAGCGAAUCUGGCAUGACGUGAAACACGAAUACGCCGAGAUAUUCAUGAUGGGACGGCGGAUAUGGCGACGUGCGAUUCAUCCGAGUCGCCUUCGCGUUUUCUACGAUUUGGCCAUGUUGUGUGUCAGAUUCGGAGAUAUGGAGAAAGAUGAUACUGUACCAAAAUUCAAAGAAUUGAUGUCGGAUUCAACGAAUUUCGACUUCAAAAUUCUUAAUGAGACGGAGUUUAUCAAGUCACUUGAUAAGGUGAUAAAACUCGAGAAUUUCGUGAUCGACCAAUUCUACAAACGUCGUCGUAGCAGUGGAUCAAUCCGCUCUUCAUUCCGUUCCCGUCGGAACACAGAUUGCUCUCCGUCACGACGUUCGGAGCUUCUGGAUUCGAAGACCGAGGACGAUGCGGAUGAUAUAUGUAGUCUUGCUGAAUCUCUUCAACAAGUUUCCGUCAGUCUACCAGCGACUACUGUUGUCGACAACAAACCUACCGUAACCCUCUCCAUCCCGACUAUUGUUAUCGAUGGACCUGACUCCGGAUCGCCACGUAGUCGUCCACCGUCCCCUCGUCUUGUUCGUUUUGAUGAGUGA